CUGCUCGAGUCGCUCGGAGGGAGCUCUAGCUCCGAGGUCUGUGAUUGGAGGAGAAAGACCGAGUCCAAAAACUAUCAGCCAGGAAACGUCUCGGGUUUCAGGGGGGAGUGACAUUUCUUCAGGGGGUUGGAAGGAGAGAGAAAAAAAUCUGUGUAAACCUGACAAAGCGUCUGAGAACAGCCAGUAUCCUCAGAGACUGCGCUCGUGUCACUGGAUGUGUAUUUUGGGAUGGAUGUUUUGUUCGGUGUUUGUUGCAGUGUCGCAUCUCUUGUAGCUGAAGACUGAUGCGCGUUUGCACGAGCCGUCUGGUGAAGCAACAGCUACUUGGUUUACGGACGAAAAAAAGUUUCUGGGACGCGAAAUUUUUUUUUUCCUCUUCUGGAAGGAUUUACACAAACACGCACGGAUACUAUCGGUGGCUCGCUAUUGGCAUGCGAUCCUGUCGUCGGUGCCCCGUUGGAUUUGGGAAUAGGGAAUAGUUUUAGUCGCAUUCCUGUCUGGAUUCGGCCCAUAUGAGCUCCCUGUUUAUAUGCGGAUCCUGAACUUCACUAUCAGCUCCUUCUCUCCCAGGUGAUCGGUGGGAAUUCCAGUGAGUGUCCGACUGUACAGCCUGCAGUUCAUGGUUGGGUGGAGCCCCUCAGAUGGGAUCCGUGUCCAGGGGGAGGCCGAGGAGGGGGGGAUGGGGAGACACGCCCACUGCUGACGGGAUGUCCGCCCGAGGGUGGCUUCUGGGUGCGCUCCUGCUUUUGACCCUGGCAACGGCGUCCGUGGCAAGGCCAUCGUCAAAGAUUGCUGAAAAGGUGGAGACUGCGAGUGAACGUGAAGAGCCUCCAACCAAAAACCAAAACUCUAAGCCCACCCUGUGCUCGGUGCACCCGGGUGAACUGCUCAAGCUCAACUGCCCGCUGCCCGAGGCGACCGCCAUCGUCUGGACCAAAGACGGCUCCUCGCUGGGCCCUGAUAACCGCACGCUCAUAGAUCAGGAGUGGCUACAGAUCCGCGACGCCACCCCUAAGGACUCGGGCCUGUAUGCGUGCAGUGCCGCGGGCUCCCGGGCCAGCGACACGCUUUGCUUCAUCGUAAACGUUACAGAUGCCAUCUCAUCCGGUGACGAUGAGGACGACACGGAGCGAUCGGACGAUGUUGGGGUGGACGGCGAGCAAAUGCUGGCGCCAUAUUGGACUUCACCGGAGAAGAUGGAGAAGAAGCUGCACGCCGUACCUGCUGCCAACACUGUGAAGUUUCGGUGCGCAGCGGCGGGAAAUCCCAAGCCUGAAAUGCGCUGGCAAAAAAACGGAAAACCCUUCAAACAGGAGGAUCGCAUGGGCGGUUACAAGCUCCGACUCCAGCACUGGACUCUAAUCAUGGAGAGCGUCGUUCCCUCUGAUAAAGGAAACUACACCUGCAUGUUGGAGAACGCCUACGGAUCCAUCAAUCACACCUACACGCUGGAUGUAGUAGAACGCUCUCCUCACCGGCCCAUUCUUCAGGCAGGCCUUCCAGCCAACGUCACUGUGCAAGUCGGAGAGGACGCUAAGUUUGUCUGCAAAGUUUACAGUGACGCUCAACCUCACAUCCAGUGGCUGCAGCACAUUGUGAAGAACGGCAGCCAUUACGGUGCUGAUGGACUCCCUUAUGUCCGGGUGUUGAAGACGGCAGGUGUGAACACUACGGACAAAGAGAUCGAGGUGCUCUACCUGCCUAAUGUAACUUUCGAGGAUGCGGGCGAGUAUACGUGCUUGGCGGGUAACUCUAUUGGGAUCUCCUAUCACACUGCUUGGUUGACGGUGCUUCCAGCUGAGCCAGACCCCAGCGAGACGGACUAUCCUCCAGACUAUGUGGAGAUCGCCAUCUACUGCAUAGGCGUCUUUCUCAUCGCCUGUAUGGUGGUGAUCGUGGUGGUUUGUCGAAUGAGGACGUCGGCUAAGAAGCCUGAUUUCGGGAGUCAGCCGGCAGUGCACAAGCUGACCAAACAGAUCCCUCUGCGCCGCCAGGUGUCGUCUGACUCCAGCUCCUCCAUGAGCUCUAGCACACCAUUGGUCAGGAUCACCACUCGCCGUAGCUCCGCCCACGACGACCCCAUCCCAGAGUACGACCUCCCUGAGGACCCGCGCUGGGAGUUCUCCAGAGACAAGUUAACUCUGGGUAAACCGCUUGGCGAGGGCUGCUUUGGGCAGGUUGUGAUGGCUGAAGCUCUGGGCAUCGACAAGGACAAACCUAAAGAGGCCGUGACGGUGGCUGUCAAGAUGCUGAAAGAUGAUGCAACAGAGAAAGAUCUUUCUGACCUGGUGUCAGAGAUGGAGAUGAUGAAGAUGAUUGGCCGGCACAAGAACAUCAUCAAUCUGUUGGGAGCGUGCACACAGGACGGUCCGUUAUAUGUCAUAGUAGAGUAUGCAUCUAAGGGAAACCUUCGGGAGUAUUUGAGGGCCCGGCGGCCCCCGGGAAUGGAGUACUCAUACGAUAUAGCCCGAGUUUCAGAUGAGCCCCUCACCUUCAAAGAUCUGGUGUCCUGCACUUAUCAAGUAGCCCGUGGCAUGGAGUAUUUAGCCUCACAGAAGUGUAUACACAGGGAUCUGGCUGCCAGGAAUGUGUUGGUCACGGAAAGCAACGUUAUGAAGAUUGCAGACUUUGGCCUGGCCAGAGACGUCCACAACAUAGAUUACUAUAAAAAGACCACAAAUGGUCGUCUGCCGGUGAAAUGGAUGGCUCCAGAGGCGCUGUUCGACCGAGUCUAUACGCACCAGAGCGAUGUCCUUUCUGAAACGCGUCUAAAAGAGGGUCAUCGCAUGGACAAGCCUGCUAACUGCACCAACGAAUUGUACAUGAUGAUGAAGGACUGCUGGCAUGCGAUCUCCUCUCACAGGCCCACAUUCAAACAGUUGGUCGAGGACUUGGACCGCAUUCUCACUUUGGCAACCAACGAGGAGUAUCUGGACCUGUGCGCCCCGGUGGAGCAGUACUCUCCCAGCUUCCCCGACACACGCAGCUCCUGCUCCUCCGGAGACGAUUCGGUCUUCUCCCACGACCCCUUAGCAGACGAGCCCUGCCUCCCCAAGUACCAGCACAUCAACGGAGGCAUAAAAACAUGAGCCUCUUCAACCUUCUCCAGACCCACCGCAUCCAAGCUACAUCUGCAGUUCUCAACAAGACUGAGAGACUUUUACCCACAGUUCCCUUGUCCCCAUCCAGAACCGUAUGCUGCCUCUAGACUCCUCGCGAAGCUCCCGCUGGACUUUUGGAGCGUCCCAAAGGAGGCUGAGACGCCAGCAGUGCUGCUUUUCCGGAAAGAAACUGAAGUGUGUGAAGCGCAGGUGCCUUUUUUGUGGAAACGCACACUUGCGCACACAAAAACACGUGACCAAGCUCUUAAAAAGAGGAUGAGGACUGAAGAAAAGUGACUGCUUCCAAGGACCCACCUCUUGCUUUUUUUGGGUUAUUUUGAUGAUGAUUUUUUUCCAUUUGUGUUGGAAUUCUAUUACAUUCUUACCAUCAUUCUGUUGCUUGGCAUUCCAGGAUUCUGUGUUCCCAAGAGAAAUGAAUGGAGCACAUGGACAGAACUCUUAAGAGACAAAAAGGAGAAAAUAGGAUACGAGUACAAUAAGGAAACAUACAACUAACAGAAGAAGAAGAAGUAGAAGAAAACAUAACACUGCCUCCAGUUGAUUUUAAAAAAUUUUUAUUUCUAAAUGCUCCGUUUUUACCAUGAUAACACAGUUAUCAUACAAAAAUCCCAAGCAGUUAUCCUUAACGGUAAAAAAAACAAAAAAACAUGGUAUAUAGUGCUGGGUAUAUUUGUAAAUAUAUUCAAAUAUGUAAAAAUAUAUAUUAUAUAUUUACAAUGAAUUAUUUUUUUGUAUGGACUUCCGAACAAUUCCUCCCUUUUCCCGCAGAGUGAUAAAUAGAUGUAGACACAUCUAGAUGUUUCUAUUACAUUCCCAGACUUACAUCCACACAUAUAUAGCAGGACUCGACAUUAAAAAAAACUCCAUGUAAUGGCUCGACGAGUGCAGUUUUCUCUUUUGUGUUUCCUGUUAAAACAGGAAGUCUCUUUUCUUUGUCAUCCUUUGGAAGUGUAUUAGCGUUUAGAUGACCUCAAAACUAACAAACAUGGACUAAAAGCCACAAAACUCUCAGUUUUCAUGCGUAUGUUCCAGGCAUAUUGAGCUGUGAUGCUGGUUCGAAUCCGGGCGCACAAAAUCUCCUGGAAAAGUUUAAUGUCGGGUCCUGCGCAACUCUCACUUGCUGACACAGUCACGUAUUGGCUUUCAGGGAAAGAGAUAGCAUGUUAAUUUAUUGACUUGUGUUAAAAAA